ACUGACUUGAUUAAAAAAUAAAACUACCAAACUACAGUCAAUCACAAUAUCCUUGUACAGCCUCUACUAGAAGCACCCGUUCACGAGUAUGACGGAAUUCUAUUCAAAUAACCAAGAUAACACCUAGUUCAAUAAAACUAGUCACGCAAGCGAAGUCGCGGUUAACUAAUAAUGCUUGUUUUAGAGUAGGUUUCUAGUAUUACAAAAUACUUGAACAAUGAAUCGACCAUUGCGGGUUAUUUUAUUACUAGUGAUAAAGUAUGUGCAUUGUAGAUUGUGGCCAAAAGGCGUGGUACACUACGCGAUAAAUAAGAAAGAUUAUGAUAUACACUCUCAAGACGUGAUUAUAUCGACGUUCACACAGCUUCAAAAGGAAAUUUGUGUUAAAUUCUUCAACUCGCCCGCCAACUACACGGCCAGCGAGCAAGACAAGAUCCUCUAUGUAAAUAAUCCAUACAAAAGCAAGAACUGCCCCCCGAAGCACUACGACUACUCUAAAGCAAUCGUUGAAAUGCCAAUUGGCUACAAAUGCAUCGAUGAGAAGGAAAUUUCUAGAAUCGUAGUGGACAUGCUCAGAGCUAGCAUUGAGCCAAGCGAUUCACCGAUAAACAGCUACGACCUAAUUAAAAAGUUCCAAGAGAAGAAGGAAGACCAUACCCGCCUUUCCCUUCUGACGCCCGCAGACCGUAACUACAUUAACGCGCACUACCACUUCGAAUGUGGCGCCCUCUCUCAACGGCCAGGGUUAACAAGUCAGGAUUUUGGUGCAUCUUUGCAUCUGACCAGAGCUAAUCUUGAAUAUUACGAGAACAAAUUAUGGCCUCUGGGUAUAGUUAUGUACGGAAUUGAAGGGCAAUUAAGGAAUAAACCAAUGUUUGCAUUCCUCAAGCAUGCUAUGGCGUCUAUAGAACUGUCGACUUGCGUGCUUUUCCAAGAGGAUUCCUCUGAUGAUGUUCUGACUCCGAGGAAUCUGGUGUGGUUCGGCAGCGAAGGGGAGGACAUGCCGAACCUUGGCUUCAUGACAGGAAAUCAGACAGUCCGAUUGGAGUCAAUGUCGCAAGGUGCACCGGGCCACACCGCGCACGCUCUCAACAUGUUGACACGUGUCUUGGGCGUCCCCAUGAUGUCCAACCGCUUCGACAGAGACAAUUAUGUUGCUAUCAACUGGAAACGUGUCGAGAAGGGCAAGGAGCACUACUUAGAGAAGGCACCGAUGUCUGCCUGGCUGCAACAGAUCCCCUACGACUUCACAAGCGCCACCCACGCACCAGCAAACUACCUGUGUGGCAGCUGUACAGAGACCUCUCCCUAUACUGUGGAACCUGUCCAGGACCAUCUAUGGCAAAAGACUUUGUCUAUGGGUCACAGAACCGACCUUAGCGAUUCAGACAGGCACCUAAUCAACAUACUGUAUGGAAGAGAAUGCCAGAUAAGAUUUUUGUCUAAACAUUAAAAUAAAUUUGUUUUGCAAUCUCUGAAAAUGUA